AGAUCCCGGAAGUAUCGUAGAGCAUCGAUGUUUUUACAAAUUUAACGCUGAAAGAUACACGAACGGCUCAGACCAUGAAUCUCGUAGCCUCAGUGUUUGGUACGAUGAAGGAGAUGUACCGGGGUCUAAACCCGGCCACUCUCACAGGGGCCAUAGACGUUAUUGUGGUGCGGCAGCCAGACGGAUCACUCCAGUGCUCGCCGUUCCACGUGCGCUUUGGAAAGCUGGGAGUGCUCCGCUCCAAGGAGAAAGUGGUGGACAUAGAGAUAAAUGGGGAGCCGGUGGAUCUGCACAUGAAGCUGGGAGACAAUGGAGAGGCUUUCUUUGUGGAAGAGAAUGAGGACUUGGAGUCUGAUGUCCCAGCCCACCUGUGCACCUCCCCUAUCCCCCUUGAGCCUGAGGAGCAGCAAGAGCCAGUAGAGGGAGCCACUCCGAGCCUAGGACGCAGGAAGAAACGCAGGAAGAAACGCGUCCGGUCAGAUUGCCCCGUGAGAGACGAGAGUUCAUCAGAGGAGAGAGAGGAGAGUGAGAGCCCCCAGCACCAUGAGCAAAGCCCCGUGCUGCAGACCAGUAAAUCCAUCUACUACUCCAUGUGUGAGGAUCUGGAGCAGCCAAGAGACGCCCACGCUCACUCCGACUCGGAACAGUCCCCCAACGAAAAUGUGUUGCUGAGUCGUCCUUCGUCUCCAAAGAGCGACUCUGAGCUGUGCGUUCGGCCUCGUGGAUCCUCAGGACCUGAGAUUCAGUGGAACUGGGGAGGCUUUCCUACGCCAUGCCAGUCGCAGCGCUCCCCUGUUCACACCUCCUCCUGCUCCUCUUCCUCUCACUUCAGGACCAUUAAGCGCCAAGACUCCUUUGACCUGGGAAUCCCACCCCCAACCCUCAGCUCCGUCUCCCCCAGAAAAGUGACUGUUGUCAGACCCAAAGCCAGAACAAGAUCUCUGGAUUUAAACAACUGCUUUCCUCAACCUCACCUUUCCAAACCAGCCAAUGAACCGCACACCAAAGCCACUAUUUCAACUUUUAACUCUAGAUUCUCAAAUUUUAGUCUUCCAAAUGGUGAUAAGACGGAGACAGAUGGUAUAGCACAUGUUUCUAGCAAACCUGAAAAAGUGUUGAUUCAAAAUGGCGGAAAUAAUGAAGAUUCACUAUAUCAACAUGAGGAGGAGAAUGGACAGAUCAGUGCACGAGUGAAUGGAGGAGAGGAUGGAGAGAGUUUGAAAGAGGAAAUAUUGGACGAUAACUUUCAAUCUGUAGUGAACAUAGAGGCCAGUUUUAACAAUGACGGAGAGGAGGCAUCUGAUUCAACAGCUGCCAACGAGAAUGCAGCCAAAUCAGAGACACAGGACAAGAAGGAGAAGCGUAGCCAGCAUCUUGGAACAUCGGACAUUUAUUUAGACGAUCUGACCUCCAUGGACCCCGGGGUUGCUCUCCUCUACUUCCCCAAAACGGGCAAGGAGGCCUCCCAGCCUGCGGGGGCGUCCUCUCUGUCGGGCUCUCUCUCCCCUCAGUCUGUGGGCAGUGGGAUGUUGGACAGUGGUACAGAUUAUCUCUCUGACUCUGCAUCAUUUUCUGCCGACGUGAGUCUGUCUCUGUGUGGGCCAGGGGACAGCAGCGCCAUCAGCAAAGAGAAGUUUGAGGAGCGGAUGGUGACGUAUCAGGACUUCAGCAGUAACCCCGGACUGGUCGACGAUCCAAACCUCGUAGUCUGCAUCAACUCAACUUACUAUAACUGGGCUGUGGCUGGUCCCAUGGUUUUAGCGAUGGCCGCUUUUCAGAAGAAUCUGCCUAAGAGCACAGUGGAGCAGCUCGUCAAAGAUAAGAUGUCCAAGAAGUCUGGACGCUGGUGGUUCCCGUUCAGAAGGAGAGACCUGUCCCACAGCCAAAAGAAUUCUAAAGAAGACCCAGAUGGGCCAGUGAGUUCUCUCCCUCCCACAGUGCAAGCGACUUUGGAUGACGUGGACAGUGAUGAGGCUGCAGGUUUGGGCAGAUUUGCGUCCCUGCCCUCGACUCUCUCCUCUGACGGCCUGUCCACAACGCAGAGCUUCAGUCACAUGUACCGCAAGUCCCUCCGCCUCACCUCCAAGCAGAUUGAGCAGUUGAACCUGUGUGAAGGAGAGAACUCUGCAGUCUUCAGUGUGACCACUCAGUACCAGGGCACGUGUCGCUGUGAGGCUUCCAUCUUCCUCUGGAGCUGGGAUGACCGUGUGAUCAUCUCUGACAUCGACGGCACCAUCACCAAGUCUGAUGCUUUGGGGCACCUCCUCACCACCAUCGGAGCCGACUGGACUCACUUUGGCAUUGCCAAACUCUACCACAGAAUUCACCAAAAUGGAUACCGGUUGCUGUACUGCUCCGCACGGGCCAUUGGGAUGUCGGCCUGGACUAAAGAGUACCUGAGUCGGGUGAACGAUCGAGGGAAUGCUCUGCCAAAGGGCCCGGUGCUCCUGGCCCCCAGCAGCCUGGUGUCUGCACUGCACAGGGAGGUGAUCGAGAAGAAGCCGGAGGUGUUUAAAGUGGCCUGUCUCAGUGACAUCAGAGACUUGUUUAACCCACACAGAGAGCCCUUCUAUGCCGCUUUCGGGAACAGAACCAAUGAUGCGUUUGCGUACAAAGCCGUGGGAGUCCCAGAGACCCGGAUCUUCACAGUGAACCCCAGAGGAGAGCUGAUCCAGGAAAAGAGCCGGUCCAACAAGUCCUCGUACCCUCACCUGUGUGAGUUGGUGGAGCACUUCUUCCCACCUCUCUGCACUGGCUCUGAAGUGUUGGACUGUCCAGACUUCAGCAGCGCCACCUACUGGAAGGAGCCACUUCCACCGCUGGACUUAGACGCUCUUCUGUAGACCAACACAAUCACUACUACUACUACUACUACUACUGCUACUGCUACUACUACUACUACAACUUCUGUUACUGCUACAACAAUCAAAGCACCACUACACUUAAUGGAAAAUGUUGGAGAAUAGGAAACAGUUUUGCAAAUUUGCACAUUUAAAUUAUAAUUAUAAAAGUUUCAAAUAUUUAUGUUUUUCCAAAGUAGCAAAAAUCUGCGCUUGUGUAAACAUGCUGUUACCUCACUUUUGUUUGUGAAGAGAAUAAUUUCAAAUGUUUUUAGGGUUAAGUAAAGGUCAGAUUCAUAAAAAAUAAACUCACCAUGAUGAGUUUAUAAGUGCUUUUCACAACUCUCAGUGACCAGAGCAGAGUUUUGCUGUCAUAGUAAAGCUAACAACAACUAGCAUGCUAACAGUGCACCAGCCUUACUUCUUUGUUUGCAGACAAUAUACAGUGGCCUCAUUUUGACCCUAAGAUCUGUUUACAAUAUAUCCAUACUGGGGCAAAAGGCAUUUUUUACUUAAUUACUUAAAAAUGGAUGCAGUCCCUGAAUGUUUUUGGAAUGGGUCAUUGCCCCCUGUAUUUGAGCAAAACAGUGUCAGAUAUAUUGUAUAAGCAGUUCCUGAGGUCAAAAUAAUAAACUGUGUACUGUUUGCAUCUAAUUGAAAGGAGUUUUAUUGCGUAAGAAUCAGGAAGCACAAGUUUGUUAGUAAAAUUCUGCUGUGGUCUCUGAGAGACCUGAAGAAAUGCUUAUAAACUCAUCAUGGUGAAUAGUUACAAUGCUCAGAAUGCAUAAGGUAAAUGAGGAGCAAUUUUGGACCACUGCAUGUACAAGAUUUACCAAUUUAAAUUAAUACAUUUCAAAUCUUACCUCUAUAAUUUGCCCCAUAUUUUUGCUGUGUCCACUUCCUUAACGUUUUAGUUUGUAUUGUUUAAAUGAGGUUAAAAACAUUAGCUGUAUGAACUUUAAAAACCCAGAGGAGCUUCAUAGGUUAUAAUUUGUGACAUAAAUGUGUGACUGAAACAAACACGACUCCAAGGAUCCAGGACACUACAUUAGAACAGAGUUAAAGCCCCUCUGUGGAACAUUUCAUCACAUUAGAACAAUCUCUGGUAUAAUGUUGUUUCCUCAUCACAAACAUAAUUGGAGUUGUGUUUACCACACAAACCUGAGUUCUGCUCUCAAUCUGAAAACGCUCUGUUCCAUCUUGUGAUGUCAUUAUGUGGUAAUAUCAGAAGUGCUCCACUGUGUUUUUAAACUCCACACACCUUCAUAGAACAAGCUCCAUUGGGCACAAUGUAUGAUCCUAGCAGAUUAUUAUAGUUUGAAUGUGUUUUACCAAAUCAUUUGUUUUUGUGUUUCAGUGACAAGCUGCUUACACAGUCACAGGUUUUGUAGAGUUUAAGCAAUAAUCAAAUACUUUAUUCUGAAAUGAGGGUUUAUUUAGUAUCAUUAUUUUCAAUCUGGUGCUUUUAUGUGUUUUUUUUUUUUAUUUGUGAUUUACUUUAUCUUACCUUACUUUUCACAACAACCGGCUUAGAAAUAGUUGGCUUUCAAUGUGUGAUUCAUGAGUUAACAAGAGGCUAUAUACGAGAACUAAACCAGAUCUAAACCAGGACUAAAAAAGGGACAGAACCGGGUCUAACCUAGGUCAGGACAAAAGACUAAACAAGGUCUAAAAUAGGUCUAAAGCAAGUCCAUACUAAACCAGGACUAAGGCAUGGCAGAACCAAGUUUUAACCAGGACUAAACCAGGACUAAACCAGGACUAAACCAGGACUAAACCAGGACUAAACCAGGACUGAAUCAGAUUUUAACCAGGACUACACCGGGACUAAACCAGAUCUAACCCAGGACUAGACAAAAGACUAAACCAGGUCUAAACACUACAUAUAUUCCAUAGAACUUGACUUCAUUCAUUACUUCGUGUCAUUCUCCCUCUGUGCCUGUGCUGUCUCUACGUGUAUUUAUGACUUUUGCAUAUUUUGAAAAGAUCUACACAUGUUUAGAUUUUUGGUGAUUUGAAAAAAUAAAAUAAAAUGAAAUCUGCCAAA